AUGAUUGAUAUUAAGUCAAAUUUUCCUAGUGAAAAAAAAGAAUCACAAACACAUCAGGUUGUCUUCAUGUCAACAUAUUGGACAUUACCACUCAAAAUCCUUUAUUCCAUAGUCGUUUCAUGCAUCUUUGUUUUACCAGCACUGAUAGGAUACGCACUUCGUAUAGAAAUUACUAGAAAAUCAUUCUGGGUGCUCGGCGUGUAUGGCACUGUUGUCUUUGUAUUUAUAUUCCUGCAACUUAUAUUUGCCACAUUGAAUCGAGUCAUGGUCUGUCACUAUAGACGAAAAUCACCGCCGGCUUUUUCUCGAGACCAUGACCUACGAGAUGAGAAAACAAAUGAUGAACAACUGGACAUCACAAGUGAGACAACGUGUGCUGAAGAUCAAGAAAAAGGCCAAGAACAAGGUAGACCUGCUACACGUAUGGGACUCGCUGUAGUGGGUUACCGAGAAGAACCCGAGCUAUUUAUGCAAUGUUUAGAAUCUGUCAAAAAUUUAAAUUACCCUGAUCCAUUCAAAGUGAUCGUAGUCAUUGACGGUGAUGCACCGGACGAUAAAGAAAUGGCUGUUUUAUUUCAAAAGACGUUUCCUCAAAGCCCUAUUUUAGUGCUACCCGAACUUUUGUCUGUCUCGUUUGAAAAGCUUCGAUCGCAGCAAGAAAAAGUCAAUUAUGAUCAAUUGUUACAGGAAACAUUCACAUUGCCAACAGACACUACGCCUGUAUGUUAUAUGCAACCACAUCGAGGAAAGCGGCACGCCAUGUAUACAGCAUUCCGUAUUUUAAUGGCUUCAGGGUGUGAUGCUGUUAUGUCGACUGAUUCAGAUACAAGAUUUGAUCCAGAUGCUAUGAUAGAGAUGGAAAGAGCAUUAUACUGGUUUCCUAACAUAGGUGCAGUCGCAGGCGAUGUACGUAUCUGGAAUGCCAGGGAUAGUUUGCUUUCUUUUAUGUCGUCCUUGAGGUAUUGGAUGGCAUUCAAUAUUGAACGAGCCGCACAAAGUUUCAAUCGAUGCGUUACUUGUGUCUCGGGGCCCAUGGGGAUUUAUCGCUCGUAUGUACUGAGAGAGAUUUUGGACGACUGGAUCGGCCAAAGUUUUCUAGGCAUGGAAUGCACUUAUGGUGAUGACAGACAUUUAACCAAUCGUACUUUAUUACAUGGAUAUCGAGUGGUGUAUACACAUUUAGCAUUUUGCGAGACGGAGACACCUAUUAGCUUUUUGCGCUGGUUUAAACAACAAACACGAUGGUCCAAGAGUUUCUAUCGAGAACUCCUUUGGAAUGCUCGAAGUCUACACAAACACAGUCCAUGGAUGGCUGCAGAAUUAUUCUACCAAGGCAUCUAUCCUUUUGUCUUGUUGUUUUCUAUCUUUCAAAUCUUGUUUAGCAAGUCGCCUUUUGUGCUUGUGAUCUGGCUGAUUUCUUUGUUGGUGAUUGCUUGUAUCAAGACUGUGUACUCAACACUCGUCACACUUCAGGUUCGAUUCUUGGCUUUUCCAAUCUAUUCACUCUAUUACAUGUUUGGCUUGGUACCUGCCAAACUAUGGGCUAUUAUUUCCUUAUGGGACGUUGGCUGGGGAACAUCAGCACGCUCAGCAGCAGAACGUAAACGAGAGAAUGUGUUUUGGAGUCAAUUGAAAGAAGCCUUGCCGAUCAUUGCUUGGCUUAUUUUAUUAUUGGGAGGUGUUGCAUUCAAUGUGGUUAUUUACAUGAUAAACCCAGAUAAAAUCAAUGGUUUUGAUUUCUUUGGAUUCAAUAGUGGCAAUGUACCAGACCCAGAAUCUAUUGUAUUUUACCCUAAUAUGAAUCGAUCUCCCGUAAAAUCCUAA